CAUACGGAUGACGAAUAUAGUUAGCGUUCACAGUAGUAACUCGAACUCGAUCCCUGAGCGCAUCCCAAGCUUGGUUCACGAGCCUAAACGCAGCCUCAGCAGCAGCGUUCAGAUUCCUGUCAGGAUUCGUCAGGUCGCAGAGUUCACGAUGCUUGUUCUUGACAACCUCGAAGCAGUCGGUGGAGUUGGAUCCGAGAACAGCAUGCCACAACGAGUCGUUCCUCGGCAUGCAGCCAGCGAUGAGGACGACGCGGAGGGCGACGAUGAAGUUGGAGAGGUGAGGGAGGGAUGGGUAGAGACAUUGCGCUUUUUUCGCAAGUUGGAUUGCGCCCAAUACGUCAUCGGAUUUGAAUCUUUCCUCGGCUUCUGCCAUAGAUUUCUUGGCUUCUUCUUCUCGGCGGAACUCCAUUGAGAUGAAGAAAAGGGAGGGAAGAGAUGAUCACGAGAGACAAACAGGCAUCAAGGGUAUUUAUAUGAGCACUAAAAUUUGGGAUCGGUUAGGAUUCUUUCAAUCAAAGCAUAAACUAGAAUUAAAUUCCUGACAAAGUUCGGAUAGAGAAUUUGAAGAUAACUUGAUAUCUAUCUUAAAAAAAAAUAAAAAAAAAAUCCUUGAAACUGUCAGUUUAUGAAACAAGUACA